AGUGAGAAAAGCUCUCUUCCUUCACAGAGCCGUGUGUUAUUGCUGAAAUGUAGGCAGUGAAAUUUCCUUCCUUCAUAAUCGUUGGUACCUUCUGCACUGCAACUCUGCCGAGAAUAUCCUGCCUUAAGGGAUUUCUUUGUUUUUCUGCUUAUGAUUCCCCCUUUUCUUAGCUGUAGUACAGCCGUACCAUUUCAGCUUGCUAGUGCAGAAAGAUGUUGUGAAUUCAGUUGCUGUGAAUGAGCUUGGCCUGACUGCAAACGCUAAUGUUCUUAGAGGCAUGCUAAAGAGUCGCAGGUGAAUCUAACCUGAUCCAUCCUACAGCAGAACGAUAUGUGUCACAAAGAUGUCUACACGGAACUGCCAAGGAUUGGAUUCUGUGAUCAAACCCCUGGACACAAUUCCAGAGGACAAAAAAGUCAGGGUUCAAAGGACACAAAGCACUUUUGAUCCAUUUGAGAAGCCAAAUAAUCAAGUGAAGAGGGUCCAUUCAGAGAACAAUGCCUGCAUUAACUCCAAGACUUCAUCUACUGGGAAGGAAUCUCCAAAAAUCAGGCGGCAUUCCAGCCCUAGCUCUCCAACAAGUCCCAAGUUUGGAAAAGCAGACUCUUAUGAAAAACUAGAAAAGCUGGGGGAAGGUUCAUAUGCCACAGUAUAUAAAGGCAAAAGCAAGGUAAAUGGCAAACUGGUGGCACUGAAAGUGAUUAGACUUCAAGAAGAGGAAGGCACUCCAUUUACAGCCAUCAGAGAAGCAUCUCUUCUGAAAGGCCUAAAACAUGCUAAUAUUGUGCUGCUUCAUGAUAUCAUCCACACCAAGGAGACAUUGACACUGGUAUUUGAGUUUGUGCACACUGAUUUAUGUCAGUACAUGGACAAACAUCCUGGAGGACUUCAUCCAGACAAUGUGAAGUUGUUUUUGUUUCAAUUGCUACGAGGACUGUCGUACAUCCACCAGCGUUACAUUUUGCACAGGGACCUGAAGCCCCAAAACCUUCUGAUCAGUGACACUGGGGAGUUGAAGCUGGCAGAUUUUGGACUUGCGCGAGCCAAAUCUGUCCCAAGUCACACAUAUUCUAAUGAAGUGGUAACCCUGUGGUACAGACCUCCAGAUGUCCUCUUGGGCUCAACAGAAUAUUCUACUUGCCUUGACAUGUGGGGCGUUGGUUGUAUCUUUGUAGAAAUGAUUCAGGGUGUUGCUGCUUUCCCAGGAAUGAAAGAUAUUCAAGAUCAACUUGAAAGAAUAUUUCUGGUACUUGGAACCCCAAAUGAAGAUACUUGGCCUGGAGUCCAUUCUCUACCCCAUUUCAAACCUGAGCGUUUUACACAGUACAGUGCUAAAAACCUCAGGCAAGCCUGGAAUAAGCUAAGCUAUGUGAACCAUGCAGAGGAUUUGGCCUCCAAAUUACUCCAGUGUUUCCCAAAGAACAGAUUGUCAGCACAGGCAGCUCUGAGCCAUGAGUAUUUCAGUGAUCUGCCCCCACGGCUAUGGGAGCUAACUGACAUGUCCUCUGUUUUUUCUGUAUCGAAUGUAAGAUUACAACCAGAGGAUGGAGAAGGCAUGAAAGUCUUUGGAAAAAACAAUAUUUAUGGCAAAGGUUUAUCAAACAUUAAGCACUGAGAAGCAUUUUGGUUUCCCACAUACAAUUCAGGAAUUAAGACCACUGGAUUAUAGGAGAGGAACAAAACAUGAGAGCCAACACUAUGAAGACAGCAUGGCCUGUUUCUCUUUUCCAAUGGUGGAUUUCUGUCACAAGGAAAACUAUACUGGAAGACCCUGUCUCUCUACCUUCCUUCCCCUACAAUUUGUUUAAAGCCUUGCACGUCUUUGAAUACCUUGUGAUUUUCAGGAUCUCCGUGAAGACUAAGCUUUUGCUUACUGACACAUAGCAUGUUAUUUUCUUUUAUCUUUUUGUGUUUGAUUUUAUUGGGAUUUUUCACUACAGCACAACAUCCUUGUACAGAUUUUUAUGCUUUCACCAGCAGCAUCUUAAACACAUUAAGAUGCACAUUUGGUGUUUGCACUUCCUGGUAACGUCUGUACAUAGAGGGCCAGUCAUGGCAAAAAUCAAUUUCUGUGUUCAUUGAGAGGCUCCAUAUAUUUUGUAACUUGUCUGAAAGAUAUAUCAAGAUGGAACAAAAGGCUUUUGGGGUUAUUGUGACACAGAUCAGUAUCUUGUAACUAUGCCUCUGUAUUACCACUUGGAAAUUAUACCAUUCCUUUCCUUAACCUUGGCAAUAAGUGCAUCUUAGUUGAAAGUUUGAAUUAUGAGUACUUUGCUUCCAAAGCAGAUUUCAGGCAUACUGAAGCAGAUUUCAAGAGAGACCUCCAAUGACUGGAGGCGGGGGGAGAAUAUAUAAUACUACUAAGUCAAAUAUUCUUGGUCCUUUUUAGAACAAGGGGCUUAUGCAGCUUUUGUGGUUCUUGGUCCCAUUUUUUACUUUCUUUCCCAUGUUGUUUUGUUAAAAAAAAUUGAGAAGGAAAACAGAAUAUAUGAAGGAGAAAUGAGUUUACAUUAGGAUAAGUACUUUGCUGUAGAAACCUUAGUUACUGAAUAAGCCACGGUGGGGGGAGACAACCUAGUUCUGAUGAGUUAUCCAAAUUCCAAAUAUUUGCUCUUCCAAACCAAAGGACCUUUCCAGUUCUAAGAUGAUCCAAGCUGAUUGGAAAAAGACUUUUUAUUACCAUAUUUUCCCCAAGAAUAUUUCCGUUUUUUUAAAAAAAUAAAUGCCAUUAUGAAUUUUUAAAGGGUGACAACUGAUUUCCCUAAUGCCUGUGAGGAAGGGGAAUUUCUCCACCAUUAUAUUCAACACAGGAGCUACCUUGCCUCCCUAGGAUACUAGCUGCCUAAAAGCCAUUUAAUUGUAACAUAUUUAAUGCAUUGUUUGGAAAUAAAAAAGAUGGGGCUUGUGGUAUAGUUUCUUGCCUAAGCUGUUGACAUCGUAUUAUUUGGAACUGGAAUAAAUAAAUAACUGGCUAAUUUAUUCUGCAGAAGCCUUGUUUAUAGGGAACAAUGGUAAAUAUUAAUUCAUAAACUGUGAAAUAGUUCUAAGUCACUAUGUAGAAAUUAAAAUGCUUAAGUACAGCUUCCAAAAUGAUUCCUCAGCAUGUUGAAUUUAUUUGCUACUUUUUACAGAGUCUGUAUCACUAAAUCUAAUAGCAUAUUUCAAACAUAUAUGCCUUAACUAUUUGUUUUGAGUUUCAUAUGCAGCCAUUUGUAUGAGAGAUGUAUGCCAUGUAGAUGUUUCAGGAUGAGAUUCUGUCUUUUUAAAAAAAGUCAUAGAGUUUGCAAAAAUAUGAUGAAUUUUUGAGAACGGAGCAAGGGUUUCAAUUAGGAAAAUGAGGGUAUAUUCUUUGAUAUAAAUCUUCUUCUUUGGCAGCUUAAUGACGGAGGUAAGCAAUAGCACCCCUUGUUGAAAGAUCUGAUGGUUUGAUGUAGAGAAGAAUUACACUGAAGUGCUCCCUCUCAUAGACUAAAUACCUUGAACCUUACUAUCCACAAUAAAUCAAAGUUCAGUGCUGCUGCUUAGGAUUUGAGUGUGUACACAUUAUGUGGGCUUUCAAUGCUCCCUUUUUAAAAAAUCACCAUUAAAGCCUUUGAACGAGAUAUUCAUCAUCCAUGCAUCAGUUCCCUACCCAAAUAUUUCAUAAGGGCUUUUGGAGUGAUUUCCCAAUAAAUAUUAAAAUUAUGUAAGAACUUAAAAAUCCACACAAUUUUCCAAAAAGGAUCUAUUGUCAGUUUCUGUUCCUGAAUCUUUCCUGUAGAAUCUCUGCAGAUUCUCAGUUCUGACGAUGAUUUCCAUUUGUAUACUUUCACAUAAAUCAUUCCAAGUGCAUAAGAAAAUAUUACAUUGAUGAUAUUAAGGUGCUGAAAGUCCAGUAAUGUCAUAUAUUUCAGGUUGGUAACUUUACGUUUUGGUGGGUGAAAAGGAGGAUAAAUUUUAGCAUGUAGGUAGAACACUAUAUGUCAGAAUAACAUGGUUUUAAGGAGGAUACUUUCAUAAGGCUGGAAAAGUAGGGUAGGGAAUCCAAAUGCAUUAUAGUUACCCAUCCAAGUCCACAACUUGGUCUAUAAUGAUUAUAUAGUAUCCUGGUUUUUUUACAACAUAGUCCAGAACUUAUAGGGAAAUAUUUCCCAGCAUCCUGGAUUUUUCUAUAUGAUUGCUUUUCUUCCUCUCCCCCCCUCCAUUGCUAUAGGUAAUAUCAGAAACUCUCUAGUUGUCGAUGAGAAAAAAAAUUUCCAUGUACUUGAAAGGAACUAUUCAUAUUUUCAGUUUCUUAAUCAAUUACUGUGGUCUGGUUGAUGUUACUGAAAUAAAGAUAUUAAUGCUUUCCCAUGGUUGGAUUCCGUACCUUUCCAGUAACAUAUGAACAUAAAUUACUUGAGAUCUUAUUAGUCCUGCAUAAUCUGCUUAUUCCACAUGGUUCUAUCCUUCAAAUGUUAUUAGAGUGGUAGAAGAAGAACAGGGUCAGGGAAGGAAGCAGCAACCACGCUGCUCUGGUAGCAUAAGAACUCAGCCAGUGUGGUUGGUAUUAGAAGUGAGUUUUCCUGUUCCAAGCAGUUCCCUUAAGGAUUCCCUUAAAGACAGCUCUGAAGCUGUACGAAGAGAGCUGUUAAUGAAAGGUAAGAUAGAUUCUAGUCACUGGAGAAAAGCUGAGAAGAUAGAAAUUACUUUUUCAGAUGGUUCACUUAAACCAAACCAACUAGGCAGUUUGUUUCCAAUGUUGCUUUUGUUAAUGGGGGCCCUAACAAAACCUUAGAAUGCCUCAGCCUUGUAUAAUAUUAUCGAUUCUGCUUCUCUACAUAGCACCCUCAGAACUAUUUUAUUGAAGCACAAGAAACACUGAUACCCAGAGACCCAACAGCUUGGGUGGGGAAGUAAGUCUUCCUUUCAUCGAGAUAUAGGAGAAACUUUACAUAGAGGUCUCCUAUUCAUGCUGGUAUGUUAUACAAAUUCCUCUCAACAGUGCAGUGGGGGCAACAGACCCUGAGCAUUUUAUGCUGCACCCAACUGAAUGUGUGGUGAAUAUAGAGAGUAUGUUCCAUACAAAAAAGAAAAGUCUGUGAAUAUUAUUGGUUUGUAACCUAAUGUAGUAAAUGGCAAUGCUCCUGUACUGUACAUUUCAUAUGUACAUUUCAUAUGAAUAGAAUUACGUUCUGUUAUUCAACAAAACCACAUCCUCCUCUCUGGCUUAAAGGUAUGGAGAUAAUUGUAUAUUAUUGACUUGCAAUAUUCUUAAAAGCAAAAAUUGAACGGAUGCACUAAAAAUUCCCUAGUCCUCUUCUCCCGUUCCCCUCAAAACCUGCACUUCUGCAGUGCUACAUACAAAAUCUUCCCUUGCUGGGAUAUGAGGCACAAAAAGGUGCUCUUUUUAACAGGGGUUUGGUACUCAAAAAACUAUGUUAAUAUAAAAUAUGUAUACAUAUAUCCACACACUUUAGUGACAGCUUAGUAAACAGUAUGGUUAAGUAAGUGUUACCUUGUUUGUUUCCACUUGUAAUUUGUCUGUAUUAUGAAAGUUGUAAUGGUUUGUCAGGUGUAACUGUUUUCAUGUAAUAUGAUAUUGAAUAAAAUGUAACAGAAUUGCUAUUCUC